UGCUGAACACUGACCGAUUAAAUACUCAUCUUUCGAAAAUUCGACAAUGACGAAGGAAAUUUUCGGCCAUGAACAUGCCCGUUUGGGAUUAAAGUCAUUUGUCCAAGCAAGGAAAUAUCCAAAAGAUCAGCUAUAUAUUGUGACCUCCUAGUAACCGCUUGGUGUGAUGCCCUCUUUGGUAUUGCUAUGGCAGCAGAAGUACCAAACUAGAUUGGCAUAUCCCCUCCAUCAGCCUCCAUUUUCUCAUUGGACGUUGGGGUUGGAAGAACAGAAACCAACAGAGUUCAAGAACCAUUUGAGGGCAUGACAUUUGAGUCUGAAUGGGCAGGAAGAGCAUUCUAUGUGGAGUAUGCUAGGCGGGUUGGAUUUGCAACUCGUGUAUUAUCAUCUCGUAGGUCUCAAUAUGAAAAUUGUGUUAUAUCACGUGCACUCGGAUGUAGAGAAGUUCUCCACGCUGUAAAGGAUGCAAGCAUGAAGCAGCGUUAUAGACAGCGUGAAGGUUGUGAAGCAAUGAUACUAAUACAGAGAGAAAAAAAUGGGACCAUGUGGGUGGUGAGGAAGUUUGUGAAGGACCAUAGUCAUCCCUUGACAGCAGAUUCACCCCUCAAUGGCCAUUUAUCUUCCGAUCGAGUUCCGGUGGUGGAUGCGAUGAUCGUGGUUAUGGCGGGUAUCACAUGGAUGAGGACAGACACCAAGGUGGAGGUCUGGGCGGGCACUAGGGACAGUGCCAGAUACUAAGUGUGGGGGUGCAGAGAUUGUUCUGGAUCCUGAAGGUGAUAAGCUUAAAAGAGAAAUAGAGAUGAAGUUGAAGACCCCCAUUUUUACUUUAUCUACUGUUGGGGAUGCUUUAUAUUGUGGUAAAAACACUUUUGGAUGUUUUGCGUUGAUAUUCUUGUCAUUUUAAAAGGACUUCUUGGAUUGGAUUUGAUUUACUCGAGACGAGUAAAGGUUUAAGUGUGGGGGUGUUUGAUGCACACUAAUUAGUAGUGCAUAAUUAUAUGUUUUUAUGUUUCAUUGAUGGGGAUUGUUUGACGUUUUAUUUAGUUUGUAAACAUUUGUGUGAUUUUAGUUGUAAUUGUAUUUUAGUUUUCAUUUGUAAGUUGUAAAGUAGAAUUAGGAAUUAGGAUGUUGAAAAGGAGGAUGUUGAAGUGAAGAAAAAGGAAUUUUGACUGUCCAGGAGCAAAUACCCGACUGGGUAGGAAACUUCACCUGGUCGGGUCUGAUUUGAAAACCGAACUGCUGAGGAAAGAGCUGGACCCGGUCGGGCCCCAUACCUCACCCGGUCGGGUGAGAAGUGACCAGGGACAACCCGGUGUGCGAAGAUCACCAGAACGUGGUGAAUUAUCUGAUUUUGACCGGACCCAGUCGGGUAAGUACUUGACCCGGUCGGGUACCCGGCCAAAGGUGUUGAAAAACACCUAUAAAUAACACUCUUUUUCUUCUCUAAAAAAUGAUUCCUUCUUAUAUACUCCUAAGCUCAAUUUAGAAUAGCAUUUCUUAUAUUUUUAUAGCAUGUUUAGUCUCCAAAUGAGGAGUUAAACUUCCAUUUCUUGGUGUUGCUCUUGAAGCUUGUUGAUUAUUAAAGUUGUGAGUUAUUUUCUUAAACUUCUUCCCUUGAAUAUUAAUUAUUAGUUCUUUCCAUAAUACUAUCUCUAUAUUAAUGUU